AUGGAAGAGGUGGGGUUGAGGGAUGGCAAGCAGGAGCGGGUGGCAGGGGGGCAUGGCAUCGAGGAGGAGAUGGGGGAGGAGGGAGGACAACAAGUGACGGGCGAGGCGCAGGGAGAAAGCGGCAGAUGGAAGGAGUCAGGUGGAGUUCGAGUUGAUGCAGGGCAUGAGCUGGCACAUUAUGUGUUGAUGAGUGAUUCACCCGAUGAUGAUGAUGAUGCUGCUGCUCUCCCGGCUGUUGCUCCUCCUGCUGCUGCUGCUGCUGCUGCUGCUGCUGCUGCUGCUGCGUCGGCGGCUGCUGCGUCGGCUGCUACUGCUGCUGACGAUGACAGUGAUGGUAAUGACGCUGCUGCUAGCAAGUCGUGUGGUGGCAGCGGUGUGAUUGCUUACAAGCGCUGUGGUGAGCUGGGGGACGAACACGCUGCUGCCAGCAACAUUCAUGGUGUUGUAACAAGGAAGCAUGGUCGGGGUGGCAAGGCAUGUGGCGGUGGUGUGCCUGCCACGAGUGCUGCUCAGGGCUCUCAGGUUGCUGCUACAGCUGCAGCUGGUGGUGUUAGACAUGCCAUUAGAGACGCAACGGUCGAUGUGAUUAGGCUUGUUGCCCCGAAUGCACCCAUGGAUGCACCCAUGGAUGCUGUUACUCAUGCCGAUACAGAUGCUGCGUCAUGUGCCGCUGCAGGUGGUCCUACAGGUGAUGCUACAUAUGCUGCUUCAGGCACCGCUACAUGUACCACUACAGGUGCGGCUGCAGCAAAAGGAGCAAGCAGCAAUGCUGAAGCAGUGACUUCCGCUGCUGCUACCGACAGAGGGGAAGGGAGGAGAGAAGGGAAGAGUGAAGGGAUGAGAGGAGGGAGGAGAGAGGGGACAAAAGAAGGGGCCAGAGACAGGACCAGAGAAGGGACGAGAGAAAGGACGAGAGAAGGGACGAGAGAAGGGACGAGAGAAGGGACGAGAGAAGGGACGAGAGAAGGGACGAGAGAAGGGACGAGAGAAGGGGUGAGAGAAGGGGCGAGAGAAGGGACGAGAGAAUGGACGAGAGAAAGAAGGAGAGUAGGGAAACGGUUGAAGAUUCAUCAAGAGGCAGAUCAAGCAGGAAGGGAGGAAGAGGAACCAGAGGGGAAGAAGCAAAAGGAAGAGGAGGGAGAAAAGAGGGAAGAGGAGGAGGGUAUGGCAGGUGCAGCUUGCGGCACUGACUCACUGCUGGCACAGUGUUCAGCUGAUAAGGGCGAUGGGGUGGAGGGGGGAGAGGGAGGGGAAGAGGGUGAUGGGGAAAGUGAGUGCGGGCACGGGGGUGGAGGGGUGUGUGGGAGCAGUGAGGGCGGUAAGUGGGCUGAUGCAGCUGUGGUUUGCAUCAGCGACUCUCCCGAGGAGCAGGCGGAGGAGGAGGGGGGGGAGCAGGAGGAGCAGGAGGAGGAGGGAAAGGAGGACGAAAAGGAGGAUGGGAAGGAGGGGGGGAAGGAGGAGGAGCAGGAGGAGCAGGAGGAGCAGGAGGAGCAGGAGGAGGAGGAGGAGGAGGAGGAGGAGGAGGAGGAGGAGGAGGAGGAGGAGGAGGAGGAGGAGGAGGAGGAGGAGGAGGAGGAGGAGCAGGAGGAGCAGGAGGAGGAGGAGGAGGAGGAGGAGGAGGAGGAGGAGGAGGAGGAGGAGGAGGAGGAGGAGGAGGAGGAGGAGGAGGAGGAGGAGGAGGAGGAGGAGGAGGGGAAGGGGGAGGAGAAGGGGGCGAAGGCAAAGGGUGGUGGCGGUAGGGAUCGGCAGGGUGGAAGGGACAUGUGGGGCGACCUGGACUUGCGCAGUGGCUUGGACUCCGCCACUGGGCUGCUGUCCUCGCUGCAGAAAGGGGCGGCGCGGCUGGUGGGUGGGUGCUUGGAGGAGUCGCGGGGUGCACGCUGUGCGAGAGGUGGGCAGGAGGACGAGCUAAGGGGCGGGCAGGGGGGCGGGGGUAGAGUGCAGGAAGGAGACGAGGAUGUGGGAGGCGGUGGAGUGGUGAAGAGUGCGAAGGUGAGUGGAGGGCGUGGUGGGAAGCAGGGAGAUGAGGAUUGUGGUGUGGAGAAUAUUGGUGGAGGGGAGGAGGAGGAUGAGAUGGAAGUGGAGGCAGUGGGAAGGGAUGGGAUUGUUGAGCUUGGGACAGGAGUGGGUGGCAUGCACGCAGGAGAGGAGGGCAGUGAUGUGGGUGUGGUGGAUCGGGGGAGUGGAGCAAGCGUGGGGGAGGAAUCGGAGGAAGAGGAAGGCGAAGUGAGAGAGAGCCAAGAAGUGGAGGAGGUUGAAGAAGUGGGGGCAGAGGAAGAGGGUGGAGGGGAGAGUGCCCAAGAGGAGGAGGAAGAAGCAGCGGACGAUGAGGAGAGGGGGCAAGGGGAUGAAGGGAGGGAAGAGGAGGACAAGGAGAAGGGAGAGGAGGGAGAGGAGAGAGGGGAAAGUUCCCAAGAGGAGGAGGAAGAAGUUGGUUUUGAGACGUCCCAAAACCAACUGGCAAAGCACAAGGAGGCGUCACACAGGCAGGUGAGGGCGGUGGAGCGGCGGCACUGCCACCAUGCUGAUGGGGCUCGCAUGCAGGGGAUGCAGGGGAUGCAGGCAGGUGCACGGACGCAUGCCAUCAGCCUCAGCAGUAGCAGUGACGGCAAUGGUGAGCGCGAGGGGCGUGAGGAGAGUGAGGGGAGUGAGCAGGGAGUGAAGAGUCACGAGAUCAGGGAGGAGCACGGCAGCAGCAGCAGCUCUGACGCCGAAUCUUCGAGGGAUGAACGGAGGGUGCGGGACGACAGGAGGUGUAGGGUGGUGGAAGGGAGGGAGGCAGAGGGUAGAAGUGGCGGGGAGGAAGGGAGGCAUACGACAAGUCCAAAGGAGAGGUGGAGACGUGAGAAGAGGGGCAAAGGCGUGGCAGCAGGAGAUAUUGCCAAGCGGAGAAAGGUGCAACAAUUACAGCAGCAGCAGUAG